GGUAUGCUGCGAUCCCUCGCCGCCGCCGCGCGCUCGCCGGCGGCCGCCGCGUGGCGGCGCCUCCUCCACCAUGGCAGAGGCAUCGGCGGUGGGGAGGAGGCGGAGAGCAUGGCGUACCGCAUGUCGAUGCUGCGGCCUCCUACCGUCGCGCGGAAGAAGGAUAUUAUUAGCUCUAACUCGUGCAGCCUCAUCGGCCGCCUCAACGCGCCGGUGCGCCUGCACCUCAACAGCUCCGAGGAGGACCCGAAGGCUUACACCUUCCUCUGCGUCACGCCCUCUUCCUCGUCCUCGUCCUCGUCGACCUCUUCCAACUUCCAAGUGACAUUGCAGAUGAAGGGCGAUCUGGCAAAUGUGUGCCUGAAGCAUUUGAAGUACAAAGACCUUGUACAUGUAUCUGGCUUUCUGAACUCUUAUCAUAAAGUCAGCGAAACUGGUGAACUGUAUGUGUACUACAAGAUUCAUGUCAAGGAACUGAAUUACGUUUAUGAUCCUAAGAAGGCUAGGAAUGAUAAUGACUCGGUAGAUCCAGCAUCAACACCAUCUGCGGAUACUCAAACACUUGAAGAAACCAAGUGCAGAGAAAGGCUUCGUCUGUGGCAAGUCUUCUUUGCCAGCCCUUACGAGUGGUGGGAUAACCGGCAAUACAAACCAUACGCCGGUUGCCCUGAUUUUAAGCACAAGGACACCCGUGAGCAGCUAUGGCUUCAUCCAGAUGACCCUCCUUGGGUAAUAAAGCAGCUCAAAUUGAUUGACCAGCAAACAGCAGAGAGUGGUCGCAGGGAUGGCAAAGGGCGAUUGACAAACCCAAAAUGGGACGCUCAAGAUUUCAACUACUCUGACGAAUGUCAUGAUGAUGAGCAAGACAUACGAAGGCAGGCGAAUGGAUGACUGAGUUCUGGAAGAUGACUGAUGAGGCAGGUAUCCUGCACUGAUUAUGCUUGACUGUAAAACUGAAUGGAAGUGUGUAUGUAUAGAUGGUAGAGAAAUCGAUCACAGGACUCGUCUGAUUAUGGGAUUUGGUCCUUUUGGGUGUAGUGUGGGUUGUAAUUCAUGUACAUUCAGUGCUGCCUUGGAGCGAAUCUGGACGCACCACACUUAUUAA